UAUUUGAAUAUAGAACGUUCUUAUAACGUUUCGCUUAAAAAUGUAAAUGUGAAUGAUUAUAUUUCCAUCGCCAACGUUUAAUAUGAUUAAUAAAUGGCAGUAUUCAGUCUAUAGAAUAUAUUAUUUUUAAUGCGGUUAUAAUAUCACCGGUUAUUGAGGUUAUAUUUGUAAAUAAAUAUGGAUCAAGAAAAAACUGUACCCUUUUCUAUAGUAAAACAAAAAAUAAUUAAGACGGAUGAAGUACUACGAAUGUAUGUCGAUGUGAGCAAUAAGUUGAAAAAAGCUCAGCAGGCAUGUAAAGAAAUGAAGUUGCAAUAUGAUCAAAUGGUUACCAAUGUUAGUAGAAUUAGGUUGGAACAUGAACGAUGUUCCUUUAACAUAGAAAAUUUGAAACAACGAAAUGAUUUGAUAGAUAAGGAAAAUAGAGAACUUCGAGAACAGAAAUCACUCUUAGAGGAACAGUAUAAUCAACAAUCAGUGCAGUCCCAACUGAACAUAAAACAUCUUCAGGAUGAAUUGCAAAUGUUGCGUGAGAUUAGUUACGCAGCAGAAAGUUGUUCUCCCAAAAAGAAGCGAACCACCUUUAAAAUGUUGGGAAAGAAAAUUGAAAAUAACCAUUCAAGUCAUCUAAAAAUGAACGAAUAUUUACAUCUCACUGAAGAUUCCUUAUUCGGGAAACGAAAUCAAUCUAAUUCUCAGGUAGAAACCAUUGACUAUUCAGCGUCAUAUGCAACUGCAAACGAAACAUUUAGUGAAGAAAAUGUAUUAAAUUCAAAUCGUGACAACACUAAAAAUACGUUUAAUAAAGAAGACUCGAUUAAGGAAAAUAAUUCUAGAUGUACCAUGAAUAUUGCUACUCAAACACACAAAUUUGAAGUUGAAAGAAGAAGUGUUCAUAUACAAACUGUAGAAACAAUAAAAACUUUACAGGCGCAUGAUAAAAUUUUACUAGAAAAUGAACAAUUGAAACAAAGAAUUAUCGAGAAUGAUGCAAACAUUGUGAAAUUACUGAGAACAGAAAGAACAAAGAAAAGUUGUUCAACCCAAACAGAAGAAAUAGAAAUUGAGGACGAAUUUGUGGAAAAUAUUUUAAAGGAAAUGUUAGUACCUUGCGUAUUGUCUCCGAUGAGCCCCGAUCCUAAUUUCAACUCAAAUCUUGUAGGAACAGUUUCACCAACACCUAUAGAUGUAAAAAAUUCCAUUCUUCCAAAAAUUUUAGUAGUUCCUCCUACUCCAAUAGAACAGAGUAUAGAAGUAGAUUUUGCUGUUGACAAAGAACAAGAAAGUGACAAAAAUGCCAAAUUAAUCACAGACAGGAACAAUUUAGGAAAAUCUGGAACAAAUAAGGAGCAUGGAGGAAAUUCCAGAUAUUCUAAAAGAUAUAAAUAUAGGUCACCCACUAUAAGCAAUGACUUUAUAAACUUUGUGAAAUUAAAGAGAAAGUGUCUUAGAAGAUUAUCAAAGAAAAGGUAUAUUUUAAAUAAAGAAAUAAGGAAAAUUAGGAAAUUACAAAGGCAGGAUAAUCUUUUAAAAAUUUUACAUACCUUGAAACAAUUGAAUAUUAAUUUUACAAUAUCAAAUGAUUCCAUUACAUCAGAACUGUAUAGCACUAAAAAGAAAGAAGAUUUCAGUUAUUCUAAAAGUGAUCAUAUCGAAAGAGAUAUACCCCCUGCCAUUCAAAAAUCUGAAACAUAUUCAACGGAACAGUUAAAUUGUAUCUGCAAGAAAUGCGUUCAGUCUUCUAUGUUACUGAGUAAUGUAGGUGGUGAAACACAUUUAUUAGGAUUCUGUACCAUAAAAAAUGAAUUUCAUACACCGGCAAGUAGUAGAAUGGAAAAUAACUGGAAUUCAAAAUCGUAUGACCCUGUAAAACAAGUUAAUUCAUCUUUAAGUUAUAGUAAUAAUACGCCCGAAAAUGUUUUGGAAACACUUGCAGAAAUGGUUAGCAGAAAAUUAAAUAAAAAAGGAAAAAGUAUAUUAAACGCAAAAGGAAUAUCAGAUAAGUACGACACAUUUGAUUCCGAAACUGAAACCGAAAUCGAGAGAUUAUUUAAUACAUCUGACAACGAUGUUCUUAAAAGAAACAAAAUGCUUUUAGCAUCAGCUAAAAGGCAGAACCAAAUACCGGAUCUAUCAAUACAAAGCAAAUUAGAAGAAAUAGGAGAUAUUUCGGUUGAUUCAGAUUUAACCCUUCGCAAUGAACAAUUUGACGAUUUUGACGAAUAUGUAAAACUUGUACCUAAAAAUAAAAGAUUGGAAUAUUCUACACCUCCGAAAAAUUUUUCACUUAUUAGUGACAAUGUAUGUAGCGAAAAUGAAGAAAUUUUUGAUUAUGAGUUGCCAUUAUGCCCCCAAUUAUUAAGCCCCAUAAAAUCUUUAAAAAAUGUCAAAAUUAAUAAAACAAAAGAUGUAAGUAACUCGUAUGAAAUUGAAGAUACAGAUAGUUUCAUGUGCAAUAGUGCUUACCAAAAAUAUCAGAACUCAGAUGAAACAAACGGAAUGUUACAAAGCAAUGUACAAAAUGAGUCUAGUAAUUCAAAUUCUCUUAAAUCACCCGAAGAUGAUGGUGAAUGGAGAAUAUCAAAUAAUGAAGAAAAUAGUAAACACAGCAAUACAUCUUCAAAUAGGGAGCAACAACAGAACUGCGUAACAAAUACAAUCAAAAUUACUUCUGACCACAAUUCGAUUGGCACUAGAUGUGUCCCUGAAGAAGAAAGGGCAAACCCUUUGUUAGAAUAUGAUCCCAAUAAAUGUUUAAUUGAUACAGACUUACAUGAACAGAAUUUUAGUAUUCCAGAUAUUAAAAAAACUGAUCAUAGUCAGUAUCAUCACGAAACUUUCUCACAAUUUUCAGAAGAAGCCGAUAUUGCUGAGAACUCAAAUAGUAUAUUAUUGGCUGACAAUUUAAUACAAUCCUUACACCCACCUCCUGUAGAACACAUAAAAACGUAUGAAAUUGGUAUUGCACUUUUAAAGGAUCGUAACGUUGUUAUUACCAAUGAAAUGGACGAGUCUCCAAAAUCUCCUAUUGCAAAUGACAUAAAUAUAGGAGUCACACCUCCAAUUCUUAUUCCAUUAGAAAGAGAAGGAACUAAGAACAACUGUAAAAAAGAAAACAAAGACAUAGACACAUUUUCACCAUCUGCAGUAACGACACCAAACCAUGAUGUCAUACCUUCGCCACAAAAAAGUAUAAGACGUUCAAAACGAAUUUCACAAAAAAAAGAACGCCUGAACAAUAGCAAUAAUGUAACAGACUUAAAUAAAACAUUAACGGAGGAAUCUAGUAAUCCACGUCCAUUGAUCUUUGGUAAUGUAGCAAAGGAACAACUACUAGAAGAAUCUUCGAAAGAUGUCUGCCAGAAUAACAAGAAUUUGGUAAACAUGCAAGCUGAAAAUGUUAACGUUGCUCAUGUAAAUGGGAAUAAAAGGGCACCGGUUACGUCAAAUACAAGAAGAACUAUGAGCAAAUUGAAAUCAAAAGUUUUAAAACAAGUUAGAGCGAAAAGACAAAUGUUGAGGACAAGUGCCGAGUGUAAUAUGCUGAAUAUAAAUGAUGGUAAACCAACUACUGAAGGUACCAAAUUUGCUGCGCCGGUUAACAAAAAUGUUAAUAAAAUCUGCAUCGUACAAAACAUUCUCAUACCGGCAAAUUCAAGUAGUCCUGUAGAUUUAUUAAAAGAAAGCAAGCAAGAAAAUGUUGCUCCAGUUGUAGAAAAUUGUGAUAUUAGGUUAAAUAAUGAACAAAAUUCUAGUCAAAGUGACGCAGUUGUCUCCAACUGUUCCAACAAGAAAAAAAAUUCCACUAACACAUGCAACGUGCCUAAUAAGAAGAGGCGUGUUGAUCGUACAAAGACGGGGUGUGAUCUCUUAUCAAUGAUAAUGGAAGAAAUGGAUAAAGAUAAACCUGAAAUUAUUCCGAAGAGGAAGAAACAGUUUGUUGUUUCAAAAGAGAUAGUUCCUGACAGUACCGAUGAAAAACAAUGGCGUAAAGGCGUUUUGGUAAUUGCAGAGAAUAUCCACAACGUUUCGUCCAAACCAGUAGAACCUAGAGAACGUGUUGUUAACAAAGAUAAAGUCUUCAAUCCAAAAUCUAAGCUUACGGCAAAAAGAAGAAUUCUUCUAUCGAGAUUACUAAAACUUUCUAAUGAGGAGGUGAUACCAGAGGAAAUUAUUCUAGAGUUUCAACGCCAGGAUGUAGAUAACAUUGUAGAGAUAAUUCUUCAACAAGUUUCUCAAGAUAUCUGGGAUAAACCAGAUGUUAAAUAUUAUCCAGCACCUUUAAUGACAAGAACUCAAAGGAUACUAUUGGGGCUUAUGGUAAGAUUAGAACAGGAGAAUAUGGAAAAAGUUAUGGACACCUUUGUUUCUAAGACUGAAGCUUUCUUAUUUAAAGUAGGUUGUGGAAUAAGAACAUUGAUUCCAGUUGUAAGACUAUAUAUGGCUGUUUGCAAACUAAGAAGAGAUAUAGAUAAAAUGAGAAAUUUUUGUUGCGAUGCAUUCCUUUUCAUGGGCGAUCUAGCAGUUCCAUUAUUGUUUACCGUUCUAACAUCUUGGACUGAGGUUUUACCAAUGGAAUCAGAUAUAAACAAGUAUCCAUUAGCUAAGAUUUUGAUUCAAGUUGUUCACCUGAAGAGUUGUAACAAACCGGGAUAUAAUCUUUUGCCACUAAAAUUUCUAUUCAGUCAGUUUUAUGGAUACCCCAAGGAAAGAUGGAACUGUGAUGACAUGUUUGAGGAACUGUUUCAGCAGUAUUUGAGAAAUCCCAAUAAAUCUUCGGAUCUUGCAAUACGACUACUUUGCAAGAAUAAGGAUACAAAAUGGGUAUACAAAAAAGUUAAUGAAUUUUUCAAACCAUUAAUCUAUAAAAUUCCUUCAGAAAAUGUAAAUUUUAAAGCAACAUCUAUCAUUUUGAUAGGAAACAUAUGUAGACAUUUUAAGCCAGAAAAUGAAUUUGAUGAAUCCAGCUUAAAUGAUUUGAGAAGGUGGCUGACUGGAUUAACAGAAGGUGAAAACGUGCACGACCUAAUAAUUAGGAGUGUGGAUUUGAGUUUAUCGAAGUUAACAAGAAAGAAAACAAAAAGGAAGAAACCACCCAAGAUCAAUAACAAAAAACCUGUAAAGAAACCCAAGAAGAAGGCGAAAAAAUGUAAAAAGGUUGCAGCUGUAAAAUAACUUCAUGUAAAUAUUUUUCAUGGCCUAGAAAAUAAAACUACAAGUACAACAUAAUAAUUUAAUUUACAUUUGUAAAACAUGAGUAUGUCAACAAUUAAUAGAAACAAUUUUAAAAUCAAAUAAAUAUUUUGAUAGUACAA